AUGCCAGAGGCUGGCCUGGACGAGCCCGGGAUCUCUUGGACAGAUCCGCUCAGGUUUGAUCCAAAUGAAAUUAAAGUCAUGUUUUUAACAUGUACUGUUGGUGAAGUUGGUGCCACAUCAGCUUUGGACCCCAAAAUUGGUCUCUUGGGUGUGUCUCCCAAAAAGGUUGGUGAUGGCAUUGCCAAGGCAACCAAUGACUGGAAAGUGCAAAGGAUCACAAUGAAACUUACCAUUCAGAAUAGACAGGCCCAGAUUGAGGUUGUGCCUUCUGCUUCAGACUUGAUCAUCAAAGCCCUAAAGGAACCUCCUCAAGACAGAAAGAAGCAAAAAAUUAUUAAACACAAUGGAAACAUCAAGCUUGAUGUUGGCAGGCAUCCUCAUGAUGUCAUUGUUGACAUCAAUAGUGUUGCUGUGGAAUGUCCAGCAAGUUAA